AUGAACAGAGAGCAUGCCCCAGCCUCAAGGCAGCCCCCCAGUGCUGACAGAGCUUUGUGUGGACCCCAGGCUGGGUUGGGUCUGAGAGUUCUCCUGAAGAUGGACCGUCACAACAUGUCCUGGGUCCGCUACCCGAGCCAUGUGUCCCCGGCUGUGGAGGACGUCAUCGCAGCACAGAACAUCAUCUCCAGGUGCACGCAUGUGUAUGUGGUGCUGUGUGUCCCACUGAGCCUAGUGACAGGGCUCUUCAAUCUCAGCGUGUUCAUCCGGGACCGUGCUAGGCUGGGGAUGCUGGACAGGCUCCUUGCGGGCCUCACAGCCACUAGCAUCUUGGUGACUCUACUGUCCCUCAAUGCUGCUGGCCGACCCGACUACCUGCCCACGACAAACCUGGGCUGCGGAACACUCUCAUUCUUCUCCAAUGCCUGUUACUUCAUGGCCCAGUAUCUGCAGGGAGCCAUGCUUCUUCUAUCCUUUCUGCCGGGAUCUCCCUGCUGUCAGCUCUUGGCCAGGCCUGUGGCAAGCCUAGCUGCCAUCGGAGGCUGUGCUGUCUGUAGCUCCCUCAUUGUGGUGUCCCUGCUAGGCACAUUUGGGGAGUUGUACACAACCACCUUAUGCCAGACAGAUCCGCUGACUGCAUGGCCUGAAUACGAGAUUGUCAAGUUCAGCCUGGGCUUUGCACUUGCCCUGAGCUUCCAGAUGGUUCUCUUCCUCCUGUAUGCUACACAGCCAGUCUGGCGAGUGGCUCCUGCUCAAAUGGACACAGCCUCUGGACGCUGGGUGGUACUGGCCGUGGCUCUCAACAUGCUUGCCUGUAGACUCUUCUUCAAUGCGGUCCUCCUGCAUCGGGCCCAGCUGAAGCUGUGGAAGGAUGUGGGCUCCCCCAGAGAUGAGCUACUCAUGAACCUUGCAGAGCUUGCCCUGUCUGGAGAGAGCUGUAUCAACGUGGUGGCCAUCCUCUUCCUCCACACACCAUGCAGGCUCAGGUUGUUUGGCCUCCUUGAGCGCUUCACACAGAGAUGCAGGCGGAGGCUGGACAGCAGCAUGUCCUUGAACAGAGUAGGGGGCUAG